AUGGCUGAUUCUUCAAUUUGGUCGUCAGAAAUGGGCACUUGGGACAAUUCUCUUCGUCCCCGUGACAAUUGUGAGCCAUUUGCGGAUGUCCACACUCUUUCGACCGCUCGCAUGCAAACCGACACGGAGGUGGCUUAG